AUGGUUCGUCUAGUAAAGGUUGCUGCCACACAGCUGGCGAUCAGCCGGGACCCCGCAGCGAACCUGGAACUGUUUGAGAAUGUUUACUUCUGUCAGGAGCAGAAGCCGGAGUACUUUGACUGGGCCAAGCCGCUGGAGAAGAGCGAGCCCGUACAGAGGAUGGCCAAGCUGGCCAAGGAGCUCAAGGUUGUUCUGCCAGUGAGCUUCUUCGAGAAGGUCAACAACGCGCACUUCAACUCGCUGGCCAUGAUCGACGCCGACGGCAGCAUCCUGGGGGUCUACCGCAAGAGCCACAUCCCAGACGGGCCCGGGUACCAGGAGAAGUUCUACUUCACACCCGGUGACACGGGCUUCAAGGUGUUUGACACCGCGUACGGCCGCCUGGGGGCCGCCAUCUGCUGGGACCAGUGGUUCCCCGAGACGGCGCGCGCCAUGGCGCUGCAGGGCGCGGAGAUCCUGUUCUACCCCACAGCGAUCGGGUCCGAGCCCCAGGACAGCGGCAUUGACAGCUACCCCCAUUGGACGCGCACGAUGCUGGGCCACGCCGCGGCAAAUUUGACGCCCGUGGUGGCGUCCAACCGCGUCGGCAAGGAGGAGUUCGAGAAGAGCUCUAUCACAUUCUACGGCGGCAGCUUCAUCAGCGGGCAGCGGGGGGAGGUGCUGCAGCAGGUGGGCGGCGACAAGGAUUUCCUGCAGCACGGCAACCUGACGCCCGACCCUUCAAAGGAGGAGGGCUUCGUGGUGCAGGAGUUUGACCUGGACGAGCUCAGGGCCACGCGCCUCGGGUGGGGCGUCUUCCGCGACCGCCGGCCGGAUAUCUACAAGCCGCUGGUCACUUUUGAUGGCAGUCUUGUGCACCACGCGCUCAAGUAG